AUGGGUAGGGGGAAAAUUGAGAUUAAAAGAAUUGAAAAUUCUAAUAGCAGACAAGUUACAUUUUCAAAGAGAAGAACUGGCUUGUUGAAGAAGGCUCAGGAGCUUGCUAUUCUAUGUGAUGCUGAGGUUGCUGUUAUCAUUUUUUCAAACACAGGGAAGCUUUUUGAGUUUUCUAGUUCUGGUAUGAAGCGAACACUUUCAAGAUACAACAAAUGCACGGAUUCUUCGGAGAGUGCAUCAGUGGAAUAUAAAGCAGAGUGCUUUCUUCAGAAGGAAGAUUCUAAGAUGGUGGAGAUUCUUAAAGAUGAAGUUGCAAAACUAGAAACAAAUCAAUUACGGUUGUUAGGAAAGGACUUAGCAGGAUUGGGAUUAAAGGAACUGCAACUUCUAGAGCAGCAAAUUAACGAAGCCUUAUCAUCCGUGAAGGAGAAGAAGGAAAAAUUACUUAUGGAGCAACUGGAGCAGUCUAGGAUACAGGAGCAAAAGGCUAUGCUGGAGAAUGAAACUUUGCGCAGACAGGUUGAGGAGCUUCGGUGCUUGUUUCCGAUGACAGAACAUGUGAUUCCAAAUUAUCUUCAGUAUCACCAUCUGGAAAGAAAUAAUUCAUUUGUAGAUAAUGGUGUUAAAUGUCCCAGCUUGGCAAGAAGCUGCUCGAAUGACAAAGGAGAUUCAGACACCACAUUGCAUUUAGGGUUACCAACUGAUGUUCAUCACAAGAGGAAGACUCCUGAGAAAAAAACCUUUUCUAAUGAUUCAUAG